AUGUUAUCAAGUCCCUCGGAUGUUUUUCGGCAGACAACCAAUGUAGCGCGCAAUGUACCAUGCCCAAAGCAGGUAUGCCAGCGCUCAACUUCAUGUUUCAUUGAGCACGAAACCAGGCUAGAGCCUCUGUCAGCCUGGUCUGCCAUCUCAUUCGUGGACAUGCCAAAGGCAGCGAAGCGAUCCGCUUGCGACCGGUGCAGAGAGAAGCGAGUUCGAUGCCCCCGUCCCGAAGACAGCACGGAGCCAUGUGCCCGCUGUGUUCGCCUCGCCGCAGCAUGCGUUACUGGUUCCCCGGGAUAUCCCGGGCGGCCACGAAAGGCGCUCGUCGAUGGCUCUCCUGGCCCUGACAUGGUCGCUGCCGAUGGCUCCUUGCGUGGGUACAGGGCAACUCUACGAGACAGCGACGAUAUCGAGUUACAUACACCUGCGCUGGAUGAGCCGAUGUCGGUAAACUCGCCGGCGAGCUGGUUCGGGGCCGGUACGUCGUUGAAUUUGCUGGAUGACCUCGGAGCCGCUGGGCUUUCGAAGCCUGCUGCGCAUCCACCAAAGGGUGCAUUGUUACAGGACCACUCGGAUCCCUGGUCAGCGCACGGCGCUGGAAGUUUGUUUGGCUUUCCUUUGAGCGAGGAGGGUUCUGCGUCAGAUAGUAUUCCCCUGAGCACCGUAUUACAUCACCAAGAGCUACCAAGGGGAGCUGAUAACCUCGACAUGAUGUAUGCGGGCCAGGACUCUAACAUGUUCGAUGUUGAUUUCCUCGAUUCAUUCGAGCGCCAACCAAGUCCGCGCCCUUUUCAACGCCCGAGUGCAACGAAUUCGCUGAUGCGAUUCGGAGAAAAGAUGGAACGGCACAUCUCAGCCAUGGGCGCUUUUCUCUCUGACCCUCGCAACAUAAUGGAAAACUGUCCGGAGGACUCCAUGGACAUGACUACUGAAAAUCCGGUCACGAUAGCAAUCAUGUGCACCGAAGAGUUCGUCGACAUUAUCCAGAACUUGAAGGCGACCACUCGGUCCGCUCCCUCUUCCUCGUCUAACAAGCUCUUGUCACCUACCGCGUCAUCAGUCAUUCAGUCCGAGUCUCUCAGCACAGAAACAACGCUCCUGAUACUGUCGAGGUACCUCCAGCUGAUGAGACUUUACGACUCUCUGUUCCAUGACGUCCAGCGAUGCUUGUGUCAGAUCUCGUCGGAAACUAUCAAGUCAAUAAAGGUCAAAGGGGUAUUCCGCAUCGCUGGUUUCUCUUCGCUGCAAGACAUGCCAGGAAAAGCGUAUGCCAAGGGAGUAGUCGAGGUCAUCAAAAGCCACAUCCAAACCUUAGAGCGUUGCAUGGGGCUCCCAGCGGUAUAUUGCCUCUCGAGCGACGGAGCUGCGUCGCCGAAAGGGAUAUUUGCCGACGUAGAUCGAGCACAGUUGCUCCAUGCUGUCAUGGCACAAGAGGAUGUCAGAUCACAAAGAGGAAACAAGUCGUACGUGGAGUCGAUCCGAGAAAACAUCAACAACACGGUUGCAUUAUUUGGGGAUUAG